AUUCUCGGCGUUUAAACCGCUGGUGCUCCGUUUGUGUGUCGCUGGCGUGAGGGCGACGGGCUUGUUGGUGUUUAUGGUGUGAAUGACUGCCCAGCUUAGCGGCGAAGGUGGAAUAAGAGCGGAAGACGAGAGCAGGUGCGGAUCUCUUGUGGUGGGUUUUCUAGAAUGCCGUCUCGCGUAGAGGAUUACGAGGUUCUCUAUACCAUCGGUUCCGGUUCGUACGGGAAGUGCCAAAAGAUCCGUCGGAAGUCGGACGGGAAGGUACUGGUAUGGAAGGAGUUGGACUAUGGCACGAUGACGGAGGCUGAAAAGCAAAUGCUGGUCUCUGAGGUUAACCUAUUGCGGGAACUGAAACAUCCAAACAUCGUCCGCUACUAUGACCGUAUCAUUGACCGAACAAACACCACUCUUUAUAUAGUGAUGGAGUACUGUGAAGGUGGGGACUUGGCAAGCCUUAUUGCAAAAUGCACAAAAGACAGGCAAUACUUAGAAGAAGAAUUUAUUUUGCGUGUCUUUGGCCAACUUGCCCUAGCUCUAAAGGAUUGCCACAGAAGAGGUGAUGGUGGUCACACUGUCCUUCAUCGUGAUCUCAAACCUGCCAACAUCUUUCUAGAUGCUAAAAAGAAUGUAAAAGUUGGAGAUUUUGGAUUGGCUAGAAUACUUCACCAUGACACGAGCUUUGCAAAAACAUUUGUUGGAACUCCUUAUUACAUGUCUCCUGAGCAGAUGAAUAGGAUGUCCUAUAAUGAAAAGUCUGAUAUCUGGUCAUUAGGAUGCCUUAUGUAUGAGCUUUGCGCCCUCUCGCCACCGUUUACUGCUUAUAAUCAGAAGGAACUAGCAGAAAAAAUAAGAGAAGGUAAAUUUAGACGGAUCCCAUAUCGCUAUUCAGAAGAAUUGAAUAGAAUAAUUACGACCAUGUUAAAUCUGAAGGACUACUUGAGGCCCUCAAUAGAAGAGAUUUUGCAACAUCCCCUAUUAGUUGAAUAUGUUCUAGAAGAGCAAAGUAAAAUGUCUGAAAAGAAGGUCAGGAGGUCGGCAGAACCAGAGCGUAUUCACCAAUCUGACCCUGUGUCUUCAGAACUUCGGCUUAAAGAGCAACAGUUGCAAGCCAGAGAGAAUGCUUUACGGGACCGGGAAGAGCUCCUAGAACAGAGGGAGCGAGAGCUAUGUGUGCGUGAAAGACUGGCAGAAGAUAAACUUACAAGGGCAGAAAGCUUGAUGAAGAACUUCAACUUAAUGAAGGAGCAACGUUUGUUUGGAGCUGCUUUUGACAAUGGCCUAGGUGGAUGUCUGAAUGCAUCUGUAACACGGAAUAAGAAGGUCCACUUUGGUCAUGAAAGCAAAGAGAACAGGAGCCAGGACAAGUAUGCAUUGCCGCAGGAGAAGUGCGCGGAGGUGAAGAAACGGCUCCACGCAGCUGAUGUGCGUGCCAAGGCCUUAUUUGAAAUGGAGAAAAACUAUCAGCUGAAAAGCCGGCAGAUCCUGGGCAUGCGUUAAUUUUCUGGAUUGACUAAUGAGUUGUACAUAGUAUUUAAACUGUUUUUAUAAAAUGACCAUUCCUUUUAAAACCACUUGGUUAGGUAGGCGUGUUUACCUAUUCCACAAUUUAAGAUUUACCAAACAGGGUAAUAUUCAUGAAACUUUCUCCUCAGUCUUUUAAAAGGCAUUGUUUUAAUUAAACAAAAAAAGAAAAA